ACCCACUUUCGUCUUUCCGGUCCAUCAUUCACUUCGUUUGCAAUCAAGGGGGAAAGAAAAUGUCUCGCUUCCCCCAAAUCCCAGUCCACCAACUCACUCGAGCCCAGAAACUCAUCGAGAUAAACACCCAGGACGUGUUUUCUCGAGCACCUCCCCAAUUGGAGUGGAAAGAUGCGUCUGGCAAUAUUUUAGGUCCUUAUGCUGCUUUAUUUUAUACCGACGAUUUUGUAGAGCCAUGGUUUAAGCUUGCUUUCGCCAUCACACGCCAGUCGCGCUUCACACUCAAGCAGCGAGAACUCGCCAUUCUCGCCGUGUUGGCAGAAUACGACGUUCCAUAUGUCCUCUACGCGCACUCCGAAAUUGCGCUUGCCUCGGGCCUGUCAAAAGAGCAGAUUCAACAACCUGUGCAUGGAAGUGUGCCGGGUGAUCUUAAUGAAGAAGACGCAAUGGUAUAUAGCCUGGCAUUAACUAUGACGCGACUGCGCAGGCCUAUGAAGAUGGAUCUUUUUGAGAAGGCGACAAAGGUACUAAGGAGAGACCAAAUUGCCGGGCUUGCGCACAUUGUCAGCGGCUUUGUCUAUGUGGCUAUUUUAACUAAUAUUGGUGACGGCAUUGUGCCCAUGACGAAGGAUGGCAUGUUUACCGCUACUAAAAAUUUUGCAUUUGAAGAGUAG